CCCCUGAUCCAUUGAUCGAGAGAUCCAGGCGCCGGUGGGACUCCUCGCUGUUUCCACGCCUCCUGCUUUCACUCCCAUUGUGGUGAGUCUCCGGCUCUGACACACUUUGCCAGACUUGCAGGAGUUGGAGCGACGACGUGAGGAAGCGAGCAACGCCGAACCAGAAAGGGGGGGAAAAAAGCGUAAACACGUCUACUUUUCCGCAUGGAUAUGCCUCCUAUUCUUCGGGGACGUAAAGGAGGCGCGAUGGUCUGCGUUGCCGGGAGUACUUGAAGCUCUCACCGGGGAGGAGAGAGAACGCGCACUCGUACUCUCCGCUGCAAAGUUGUAAAAAAAAAAAAAGUUCCCUUGAAGUUCUUGGGGUUUUGUUUUUUUCGACACCAGUUCACUUCACACACGCCGCGUUUCCCCACCUCAGCGCCGCGAACCUCCUGCCAUCAUGGCGAGGCGGACUGCGGAGGCUCGGACGCCGAGGACUCGCGCUGCUUUCCGGGACAAACACCUUCCAGUCGGCGGCGGCGGUGGCGGCGCGGCGGCGCUUUGGUGGCGGCUGGCUUUGAUUUGCUCGGCUCUCUCUCGUGGAUACUGCGGAGCCGAGACGGAGUUUUCCAUCCUGGAAGAAGCGCAAGUUCUGGCGGAGCAAAUGAAAAAGCUGUCCUCGCAGGAGCUGGGAGUCUUCACAAUGCAGAGGAUUUUCAACUCAUUUGUGUACACGGAGAAGACCUCAAACGGAGAGACAGAAGUUCAACAGUUGGCCAAGAAGAUUCGGGAAAAGUUUAACCGUUACCUGGAUGUGGUGAACAGAAACAAACAGGUGGUGGAGGCCUCUUACACCGCCCACCUCACCUCUCCACUGACAGCGAUACAGGACUGCUGCUCCAUACCUGCAUCAAUGAUGGAGUUUGAUGGAAACUUCAAUACCAACGUGUCAAAAACCAUCUGCUGUGACAGGCUUUCCCCCACAGUCAACAGCAGAGCGUUCAACCCGGGCCGAGACCUCAACUCAGUGCUGGCAGACAACCUGAAGUCCAACCCUGGGAUAAAGUGGCAGUACUUCAGCUCAGAGGAGGGCAUCUUUACCGUCUUCCCUGCCCACAAGUUUCACUGCAAAGGAAACUACGAGCACCGCAGCCGACCUGUGUACGUCUCUGCCGUGCGUCCGCAGUCUAAACACAUUGUGGUGAUGGUUGACCACGGAGCGUCCAUAACGGACUCGCAGCUUCAGAUCGCCCGCGACUCCGCACUCGUGAUCCUUAACUCCGUCGACGAACACGAUAAGAUCUCCAUCCUGUCUGUGGCAGAGACCGUUCGCUCCUGCUCUCUGGACCAGUGCUAUAAGAGUCUGCUGUCUCCGGCCACCAGCGAGACUAAGAGGAAGAUGAGCACCUUCCUCGCCAACAUCAAGGCCUCCAACGCAGCCACCCAACAUGCUGCCGGUUUCCAGAAAGCUUUCCAGCUGCUCCGCAACACCAGCAGUCUCAGCAAGCAGAGCACCACUACAGAUAUGGUCAUCAUCUACCUCUCAUCUGGUGUUACGUCUCGGGAGUCGUCUGAGCCGGAGAAGAGAGCGACGCUCAGCGUGGUUCGAGAGGAGAACCGACACCUCAACAACUCCGUCAUGAUCCUCACUUACGCUCUGAUGAACGAGGGGGUCACAGGCUUGAAGGAGCUGGCCUUCCUGAGGGACCUCGCCGAGCAGAACUCUGUGAAGUACGGCGUCGACCGAGCGUUUGAGCGGGAGCGCUCCUCGCCUGGAUCAGCGGCCACGAUGCCGGUGGUGAAGGGCAGCAUGAUGGUGCUGAACCAGCUGAGCAACCUGGAGACGUCGGUGGGACGCUUCUACAUCAACCUGCCCAACCGAAUGAUCGACCUGGUGCGCUUCAGCCUGCCCUACACUGACCCCAUGGGAGAUGGUUUCAUCAUGACCGUGAGCCGGCCCUGUUACUUCGCUAACCUGCUGCUGGGUGUGGUCGGGGUGGAUGUGAACCUGGCGUACAUCCUGGAAGAUGUCACCUACUACCAAGACUCGCUGGCUUCUUACACAUUUCUCAUUGACAACAAAGGUUACACCCUGAUGCACCCUUCACUGACCAGACCCUACCUGAUGACGGAGCCGCCCCUGCACACGGAUAUUAUCCACUAUGAGAACAUCCCGGGAUUCCCUGCUGUCCGACAGAACAUCCUCAGCCUACCUUUAGGCAGCCAGGUAAUCGCUGUGCCCGUCAAUUCGUCCCUUUCCUGGCACACAAACCGGCUCAGGGACAACAGCAAAGAUGCUUACAAUGUCAGCUAUGCCUGGAAACUGGUCCAGGACACGUCGUUUAUCCUGUGCAUCGUGUACGUGCAGCCAGAGAUCCCAGUGAAGCAGCUGAAGAACCUGAACACAGCCCCCAGCUCUAAGCUGCUGUACCAUCGCUUGGACCUGUUGGGUCAGCCCAGUUCCUGCCUGCACUUCAAGCAGCUUGCCACUGUCGAAUCCCCCACAGUGAUGCUGUCGGCCGGUAGUUUCUCCUCUCCUUACGAGCAUCUCAGUCAGCCUGAGACAAAGCGGAUGGUGGAGCACUACACGGCCUACCUCAGUGAUAACACCAGGCUUAUUGCCAACCCAGGCCUCAAGUCCUCUGUCAGGAACGAGGUUAUGGCGACCAGUCAUGUUACGGAUGAGUGGAUGACACUAAUGGAAAUGAGUAGCCUCAACUGCUACAUUGUGCGGCGUUACAUAGCAACGCCCAGCGGGGUACUCCGGAUUUACCCAGGAUCGCUGAUGGACAAAGCUUUCGACCCGACCCGCAGACAAUGGUACCAGCACGCUGUGGCUAACCCUGGCCUCAUCACCUUCACCGGCCCCUACCUGGAUGUCGGCGGGGCAGGUUACGUCGUCACCAUCAGCCACACCAUUCAUGCCUCCAGCUCUCAGAUGGCCCCUGGUUAUGCGGUUGCAGUCAUGGGUAUAGACUUCACUCUUCGGUACUUCUAUAAGGUCCUGUUGGAUCUGUUGCCCAUCUGCAACCAGGACAGAGGACAUAAGUUAAGGUGCUUCAUAAUGGAGGACAGAGGAUACCUUGUUGCUCACCCAACCCUCAUUGAUCCCAAAGGUCACGCCCCUGCAGAACAGCAGCACAUCACACACAAGGAGCCUCUUGUGGCCAAUGACAUCCUGAAUCACCCCAACUUUGUCAAGAAAAACCUUUGCAACAGCUUCAGUGACCGCACAGUGCAGCGCUUCUACAAGUUCAACACCAGUAUACUGGGAGACCUCACCAACCUCGUCCACGGCAGCCAUUGCUCCAAGUACCGCCUCACUAGGAUCCCCGGCACCAAUGCCUUCGCUGGCAUCGUCAAUGAGACGUGUGACUCGCUGGCUUUCUGCGCCUGCAGCACGGUGGACCGCCUCUGUCUCAACUGCCACAGGAUGGAGCAGAAUGAGUGCGAGUGUCCGUGUGAGUGCCCUCUGGAGGUCAACGAGUGUACAGGCAACCUCACCAAUGCUGAAAACAGGAACCCCAGCUGCGAGGUGCAUCAAGAGCCGGUCAGCUUCAGUGUGAUUGAUCCCGGCCUGCACGACACUUUGCCGCAGUGCAUCAACACCCGCUGCAGCCAGAGAUACACCAGCAGCGACUGUUUCGGGGUGUUGGACUGUGAGUGGUGCAUGGUGGACAGCGACGGUAAGACCCACCUGGACAAGCCAUACUGCGCGCUGCAGAAGGAGUGUUUUGGGGGCAUCGUCGGCGCCAAGAGUCCGUACGCCGACGGUCUGGGUCUUCUCGAUGAGGAAGUGGCAUCUUUGAACAUGAUCAAGAGCGCCCCCGUGGGUCCGGUCGCUGGGGGCAUCAUGGGAUGCAUCAUGGUGCUGGUGCUGGCGGUGUACGCCUACAGACAUCAGAUCCACAGACGCUCACACCAGCACAUGUCACCGCUGGCUGCACAGGAAAUGUCAGUGAGAAUGUCCAACCUUGACAACGAGCGGGACGAGAGGGACGAAGACAGUCACGAGGACAGAGGAAUCAUCAGUAACACCAGAUUCAUAGCGGCAGUCAUUGAGCGACACACCCACAGUCCUGAACGGAGACGGAGGUACUGGGGCCGGUCGGGGACCGAGAGCGACCAUGGUUACAGCACCAUGAGUCCACAGGAGGACAGCGAGAAUCCGCCCGGAAACAACGACCCGCUCUCGGCGGGCGUCGACGUCGGCAACCACGACGACGACAUGGACCUGGACACGCCCCCUCAGACGGCGGCGCUGCUGAGCCACAAGUUCCACCCGUACCGACACGUGCACACGCACCACCACCCGCUGCACGCGCAGACGCAUCACCUGCAGGCCGCCGUCACCGUGCACAGCGUGGACGCCGAGUGCUGAUGCCCGACGGGGGGCUGGACUGCUUUUUAUCAAAGACUAUUUUUGUAAAACAUUAGAGUUUAACGAGACGAUCCACACUGUGUACUUGGAGCCUUCGGACGAGUUGAGGAAGAUUACCGCAGCUGGACCGAGCGGCUCGGAACCGCGCCCUGAAUUACGAACGACGCCACAGUGCGUCGCAGCGGCAACACCUUCCUCUCAUCCCGUCUUUAACUUUAAAAGUCUCGCAGACACUCGCACAUAUAGGCAGACCUGGGCCAGUACUUACCAGCAGUUGGGAUGUCCAGUUUUUUCUUUGAAGGAUUCAGUUUUUUUUGUUUUGUUUUUUGAGAACGUGAUACAACUGGAGCUUAAAAACUUUGAGCAGAGACAAAAAUCUUCAUUAUUCAAGGCUGGACAGGACAAGUGGAAGAUGGAAUUAAAGCUCGGGUCCAGAAUGGGUCUCUUUUGACUAUAAGUCCAGCCCAAAACACGGCUUCCCUGUAGAGAGAGGUGGAGGAGGGAGACAGACCGCUCGCUGCAGUUGUGUUUUUCUGCAACGUGUUUUUUUUUUUUUUUUUCCUCUAGAACAAAGGCUGCAUCUAGUGGGACUAUAACACGACUUUUCUUCCAACCUCUAGUGUCCACAGAUCAACUUUCCAGAGUUAGUUUAUCUGGAAGUUGCAGCCUUUCUCCAAAGAAGUGGCUUCUGGUCUCAUCCAACACGCUGUAGGUUGAUAUCUGAACACUAUCAUGAAUGUUUUAGAGACGUAAUGUAGGGAAGAAAAUGCUUCAAUGUUUCACAUAAAUACACUACAAAAAGACAGUUUUAUUUUCUACUAUUUAUUAAAGAGGUAGAUCUUCAACACAGUUUGAAUAAGCAAGGAGGCAGUUGGUGAUCUUGCCAACGUUGCAGCAAAUUCAAGGCUCAUUUUCAUCUUUUUGUUUUCUCCUGAAAACGUUAUUGGCAGUGAUAUGCAAGAUAUAUAAUCAAUAAUACUAAUCAAGGUAAAGCAGUUAUGAAGCUGUCAAAAAAUAAAAUUAGUUUAAGGUGUUCUCUCAAUGAAACUCAAGAUAUUGAAACCGUUAUUGUAACCGUAACAAACCUGAGAUUGCAUUAUCUCAAAGCUUAUAAUGUUUCCAAAUGACAAAAUGUAACCAUUUCCUAAACAACAGUGUCAAGGUCUUCUUAUCUUGAUGUAAGGUGAUAUCAUAGUAUAAAAAGAGUGGUGCCAUAUUUAGGUUUUGGCUCAGAUAACCAAUUUUUGUGCAGUUUUCCAUAAUGGUGAGAACAAACCCAUGAAUCCAGAAGGCAAACCUGCAAUAAACUUACAUAAACGUCAAACAUCAUCUGAAAAACAAAUGAAGAGUUCUGCAUUUGAAAUCUGGAAAAGUUUAGAGUUUCUGAAAUAAAAAUCCUUAAUUUGAGGGGAAAAAAUGAAGACAAUGAGCCUGAGUCGUCAGAGCAAUCUGGAGUUGGUGUUUCAUGGCAUUUAGCACAUCUUUCAGUUCUCAGAGGAAUGUAUAUCGUUUAGGAUUAAGCAUUUUGUUCGACGGGGUGGGAAAGGAUUCUGCACAAGUAAGACAGAAACGUUUGUGCUUGCUUAAAAAUAUAGUUUGGGAGAUGGAGGAGUAGCAUCUAAAGCCAACACCAGCAAAAAAAAAACGACAUUCCUGGCUUUAGUCGCUGCAGGGGAGGUUUCUGGGUCAGGAUGAUCUUUGGGGUUCCUUAAGGAGGUCCGAGCAGAGACGGACAUUGUCGUCUAUCCUGGAUGGAAAAAAACGAGACAGGAUGUUUUCUCACUACGACCUUUUUUUGCCUUUGAGGCCAAGCUGAUGCUGCAUGUACCGUGUGGGAAGGUUGUGUGCCGGAUUACGCAGCAAAAAGGGAACUAAAACUAAGUGUCAGUUUCUUGAAAUGAGUGUAUUUGUCCUUGAUUAGAGGAGCUGAAUAAGAUUAUGUGCCAAUGGAAUGAGUAUCCUGACCCAUAAAAUAAGAUAAGUAGACAUACUGCACUCAAAAUAAGAUGGAGAUGAGUUGUUCCCAUUUUAAGUGCAAAAGUCUAAUUUCAUUGGCAGAUCAUCUUAUAUACCUGCUCAAAUCAAGGACAAAUACACUCAUUUCAAGAAAAUCCUUCUUAUUUUUGCAUCCGUUUCUGCAGCGCGUGUGCAACGACGUCCAUGAUGCCGUCUCCUUCUUGUCUGAGUGGAAGGAAAGAGAUGCUGCUGCUGUUGUGCAGAGGUUUAGACCCAUCUGCCGGCUCCUCUGUGGUUAACCACUCGAAAUGUAUCUUCUACACCUGUGUGUGUGUGUGUGUGUGUGUGUGUGUGUGUGUGUGUGUGUGUGUAAGGAUGGGAGUGUAUGAUGAACGUGUGAUUACCCACGUGAAAGCAUUAUUUUUUUUAAAUAGUGUUGGAGAAUUCUGGCUGAACGUGUGAUUGAGUCGUUGAUCUGUGCUUUGUGUGGUUCGAUUGUUCAGCCGAUCAAACCGCAUCUUUUAGGUGCCAAGAUGUCUGUUGUUCUGCAGAGAUUCAUUAUAAAGUGUAAAUACAGAGUCAUGAAUUAAAGUCCUGUACACUCAUUUAAAAAAAAAAAAAAAGGAAAAAAAGUUGAUAUUCAGAUAUUGACUUGUCUGUUCAUGGUGUCUCGCUAUAUAUUUUUGAUGCCUUGGAUGUUGUUUUAUUUUUUUAGCCUCAUUUUUCUUUUAGGUCCAUAUUGGAUGGAAGUCAGUACUUGGAAAGUUUAAUACACAGUUUAAGUUGAAGAGAAUUGUAGUUUUUAACGGUUUGUUAUUGUCUUUGCUAAAUAUGUCAAAACACCCUCCGCACACUGAAUUAGCCGAUGCAGCCUUUCACCGAGCAACGACCAGACCAAAAGUUGUUCCCAGAAGAGCCAUUUUGAUUUGUCUCAUACUUUCUAAAAAAGAAAAGAAAAACUAAUGUGUUUUCCCUCCAAGCUGAAUCCUACAUCCUUUUGUUGCAGGAGAACUUUUAAACUGUAUUAACAAGCUAUUUGAAGAAGUGAAAAAGUAGAUGUGUGUUUAUGCAGAACACUCUGAAUUACAAGUUAUUGACUGAAGGAACGUGUUCGUCACCCAGCCCCUCUCCCAAUGUAUCGUAUACAGCUAUCAACUGAGAUUAAUUGCAAUGUGAAUGUGAUAAAGUACAUUUUACACUUAAA